AGCACUCUUUUUUCCCCUCCAUUUCUCAACUCCUUCCUGUAUUCAGCCGCCACCUUCGCGGCCCUCCCCAAGUCACCGGUCCGCCCCUGUCUUCCUUUGCCGUCGUCGUCACUUCCUGGAUACGAUCCAGGCGUGCUAGGUCUCACUUCUGCUGUUGUCGCCUCGAAUCUCAAAUCCCUAGCCCUGGGUUGAACUAAGAAUUGAGAAUUGGGACUUCAAUAUCCGGUGCACAUAAUUGCAUCUCCAACAAGUGCUUCAACAGAGGUGGAUGAUGGAUUGGGAGGAUAUGACCCAUGUCUGCUGUUUUUUCACUUCCUAACUCUCUUUUAAGAAAUAUUGGAAGGAUUACGAAGAACCCCUCGUUGAAUUCUCCUUUUGAGUUGAAUUUCCAAUAUAAGCAUUCAUUCAGAGGAGUUCGGAUGGGGAGUCAUCAGCAUAGCGAUCUGAAAAGAGAUUCAAGAGGAGCCUUAAUUGUUCUUGAAGGUUUGGAUCGUUGUGGAAAGACGUCUCAGUGUGCCCGAUUACUUACAACAUUGCAAGGUCUGGGAUAUUCAGUUGAAUCAUGGAGAUUUCCAGAUAGAACUACCGGUGUUGGGAGGAUGAUAUCUUCUUACCUUUCGACCCAAUCACAAUUGGAUGACCAUGCCAUUCAUUUAUUAUUCAGUGCAAAUCGGUGGGAGAAGAGAUCAUUAAUGGAAGCUAAGCUGAUGAGUGGAAUGACUCUCAUUGUUGAUCGGUAUUCUUACUCCGGUGUUGCUUUCUCAAGUGCCAAAGGACUUGAUUUUCAGUGGUGCAAGGCUCCAGAGGUUGAGUUGUUGGCCCCGGAUUUGGUGGUUUACCUGGACAUUUCACCAGAGAAAGCUGCUGAAAGAGGGGGUUAUGGAGGGGAGAGAUAUGAGCAGCUUGAAUUUCAGACGAAAGUGGCAGAAUCUUACAAGAAGCUUAGUGAUGCUUCCUGGAAGACUCUUGAUGCCACUCAACCAAUUGAGGAUAUUGAGAAACAUCUGAAAGAGAUUACACUGGAAUGCAUACUUGAAUGCCAAAAGGGGAAAUCUCUCUCCCAGCUCUGGCCUUAG